CAGCUCACAAAAGAAUCAGCAAAUAAAAACAAAACACCAACCAAUAGCAGCUGCGUGAAUUUUCGGCUAUUAUUUUCGUAAAAUUUUAACUUUUCGUCGCCGCGUAAAGAUGAAAAAAGUUGUCAUUCUAAAAUCUGACAAUGACAACAGCGAAGUGUACUCUAGCCUGCUGCAAAAACAUAACUUCCAGCCAAUAUUUGUGCCAACUUUAGAUUUCUCGUUUAAGAACUUGGAUACACUGCGAGAUCGAUUGCUGUCCCCGUAUAAGUAUUCCGGCCUAAUAUUUACCAGUCCACGUAGCAUCACUGCAGUGAAAGACGCCCUCCAGGGACAGCGCUUGAAGGAUGACUGGAAAACACUGGAAAACUAUUGUGUUGGCGAGAGCUCCCACGAUCUAAUCCAACGCUCGUUGGAAUUGAACACGAAAGGUCAACACUCCGGAACCGCAAGCAAUCUGGCAGAUUUCAUGAAAACAGAUUUAUACAACAAAACGUUCACUCUGCCCUUCCUGUUCCCUUGCGGUAAUUUGAAACAAGACGUGCUCCAAAACAAACUGUCCGAGUACGGCUACUCGCUGGAUUGCGUUGAAGUAUACGAAACUGUGCCACACGAGAAUCUGGAGCAAAACUUGCUGGACCUGUUCGAAGAUGGAUCGUCCCCGGAAUAUCUGCUCUUUUUUAGCCCCUCAGGGAUUCUCUACUGCUCGAGUAUUUUCGAACGGCACAAACUAAAUGUGGCUAACUGCCGGCUGGUGGCUCUCGGUCCCAGCACUAAGAAGGCGAUCGAAAACAAAGGCUACACGGUGUACCGAACGGCGGAGAAACCCACGCCAGAGAAUGUCGUUAGUGUCUUAUUAGAUACCUAAUUGUUGAGUAGUUUGUAGAUGUUGAAGAUAUGCAGCGCAGAUUCAGAUGCAAAUUAAGUGUUGUAAACUAAUGUCAAUCUGUUUUGUCGAAAGAAUACGAAGCAAUAGUUUUGAGAGAAAUUGAAGAGAGUGGGAGUGGGAAUAAACUAGCCAGAGAUUAGAAUAA